AAAAACAUAUUCUGAAAGUAUCAAAUAAAACUAAGAAGAUGGAUAGUUCAGAGUACGAGACUGUUCGAAAUAUGACACUUUUAUUCUUUUUUGAACUUCUUGUGGAUAAAGGUGGUCCACGUACAUUGCAUGAUUUGAGUUGUCAGUUUGGAGCUAAAGGAUUUACAAAAGAAAUGCGCCAAAUAGCUGGUGGAUCACAAAGCGGCCUUAAAAAAUUUUUAGCUCAAUACCCAAUGCUUUUUUUCAUUAAUGGUGAUUAUGUAUCAGUGAAUACUUUCCAACAAGUUGCUGAAGAAGAAAAUGGAUGUAAAUUAAGUGGUAAACGCGAUUAUGCUAGGGAGGCUGUAGAAUAUUUUACAAAUAAACUAAUGCAGUAUGGAGUAGGUACUGAGGUACCGAUAAGAAGUCUUAUGGGACAUCGAUCUCAGGCUUCUCCAGAAGUUAGACAUAUUUCUGGUCAACACUAUAAGGAAUUUAGAGAUUUUCUUUUAAAAUAUCCUGAUGCUUUUGUAGUUACUGAAGAUAAUGUAAUGUUAAAGCAAUAUGAAGGCAUGAAAGCAGAACCUUUCGUAGAGUUAGAACCUGAUAUACCCAUAGAUCCAGAAAUUACUGCAAAAUUAUUAGAUUUAUUUUGUGAGUGUAUUAAACAGAAGGGUCCAAUCCUUGUAGAUCAAAUGUUUAAUAUAGUUAAUGAUAUAUUUUCUUAUGAAAAUUGGACUUCGAUAUUUAAAACACCACAGGACUUGUGUACAUUUGUAAAAAUGUUCCCAGAUGCGUUUCAUGUUCAGAGCAAUUUAAUAACAUUGAUUGGAAAACCAAAGUCUUCUACUGUAGAGGGAAAAACAAAAACAAGGCUUGCAAAUUCUACACGAAAUCAAAAUAGUAUUGCAUGUCAAGCAAAUUCAAAUGAAGUUGUUCAAUCAAGCAAUACUCAAGCAUCUCAGCAAACAACUAAGUCAGAAUCUGUUAAUAUUAAUGCUACAAGUCAAAUCAAUUCUUUACAUAAUUCUCAUUCUCAAUCAAUUGAAAGCAGUAAUAGCUCUCCUCCAGUAAGUUUGCAACAACAAACCUUAAAACAAAGAAUAAAUACACUUGUAAUGAAGACUUUGGCAGAUAACACAGAGAAGGAUCGUAGUUUACAAACAAUGCAAAUGGGAGAUGCAUGGAAGUUAAAAGUAUUACAACAAACUAGAGUAAUAGUAAAUCCAAGGGAGAGUCUUCAAAUUAUAGAAGACAUAAUAAACCCCCGUAAGCCUCCUCCUGAUGGUAAAAUUGUUGUUUCCUUUGACUGCGAAGGUAUAAAUUUAGGAGUUAAAGGACAAUUGACACUUGUACAAAUCGGAACUAUGUCUGGACAGGCAUAUGUGUUUGACUUAUUUGCAUGCCCUAAUCUUGUACAAGCUGGAGGUCUUCAAAAACUUCUAGAACAUAAGGAUGUUAUCAAAGUAAUUCAUGAUUGUAAAAACGACAGUGUCAAUUUGUACAGACAGUUUAAGAUUAUGUUGAAUAAUAUUUUUGAUACACAGGCAGCUCAUGCUGUACUUCAGUUUCAAGAAACUGGUAAACCUGUAUAUAAAGUUAAAAAUGUUAAUUUGAAUACACUAUGUGAUCAUUAUGGUGCUCCGUGUAAUCCUUUGAAGGAACAAUUGAAAAAUAUUUAUCGUAAUAAUCAAAGGUACUGGUGUAGGCGUCCACUAACACGAGACAUGCUCAUUUAUGCUAGUAGCGAUGUUCUAUGCUUGGUUCCACAAAUAUAUGUCUCCAUGUCUAGACUUAUAAAACCAGAAGUACAAGCUCUUUUUAAUGAGCUGUGCGAGGAACAAAUUCAAAUGCACAUUAAACCUGCAGAAGUAAAGGCGCGUAAGAAGCAACGAAAAGUGGAAACAGAAGUUGCAGAUUUAAAAAAAAGAAUGGAAGACGCAACUACCAAAAACAUUGUCCUGAGUAAUCGUGAAAUACGUCUUUUACGUUAUCUUGAUCUUACUGAAGAUGAAAAGGAAAAAUUAAAAGGCAGUUACAAAGUCGCUAGAAAAUUGGAGAAACUCGAAAAUGUGGGUCAAGAUAAAGGAGAAAGUAGUGACGAUGAUGAUGAAGAUAAAGCAGAGGAUUUAGAGUAUCAUAGUAUGGAAAGUUAUACCUCGGAAAAUUCACAUUCUGGUGGUAUAUUAUCUCCAAGGAACUCUAAUACCCCGAGCCUUACAGAAUCAAUGCAAAUGGUAGAUGAAAUCCUGUCCGACGGGCGAAUGGAUAGAUUUGAAAAAAUUGAAAAAUUGGAAGCGAUUCUUUCAGCUGUCACUGGUUCUGCAACUGAUCAGUUUUCCUCAAGCAGUGCGGAUGCAUCUCCGACAAAAUAUGUAUGCUUGUGUCGAGAUAAAAGUAAAAGUCCACGAACAGAUCGUAACACCGGAAAUAGCGUGGCUUGCCAAACAUAUAGUACAGGUGAUAUUGUAAUUACCAAAAUAUUUCUCACAGAGGCAGAAAAGGAACGUAUAGAUUUAUUGAAUUCGCCAAAAAAAUAGAUAU